CCUGUUUUGACAUGAACCGAAAAGUCUCUGUGAAGUUCGUAUAUGGGAUAUUAAACAACACAUUUCAGUUCUCUGUAGCUUACAGUAAAUCAAGUAUGUUGAAGUUAACAGCAAGUAUUCUCUUUGGUCGGACCUGCUGAAAACUUGAUCGUCUCCAAACAGUACAGGAAAUGAAUUUCCAGAAGCUGCUAUUAGAUAUAAGCAAUGCCCUGCGUUUGGACGAGGUAAAAGCUUUAGCAUUUCUUUGCACUGAACUCCUGGGCCGACGUCCAACCUCAGUGGAUUUGGCCAGCGACCUCUUCUCCUGUCUGGUGGAUCGAAACCACCUAUCACCUGAGCAACCACACCUGCUGACCGAGCUUCUCCUGACAAUCCAACGCACCCAACUGGUCCGUGACCUCGGUCUCAAUGACCAAGCAUCUACAACCAGGAGGCUUAUCUCUCCUUACAGGAAGCUGAUUUAUGACCUUUCAGAGGACAUUACUGAUGAAGACUUAAAACAAGUGAAGUUCUUGUUGAGAGAACAGCUCCCGCGCAGAAAACUGGCUGAAAAUGUUACUACACUGGAAGUCUUCCAGGAAAUGGAGCACAAGGACCUACUCAGCAGUACCAAUCUAACUUUACUGAGGAGCAUUAUCGAGUCUGUCUGUCCCAUAUUGAAGGAAAAGAUCAACCGGUUUGAAGAAGUGCAGGAGAGGUUCAACGGCCCUAUAGCACAAGAGGGUCCUGAACAAAACCAGUACAUGAACAGAGUGGCCUCAGAGAGAGAUAGAGGAAGACAGAGAGAGAGCCCAGUCCCAACAGAGAGAGGAGAAAGAGAUGACCAUGCAUCAGAGACAUAUUUAGGAGGACCGAGAGAGUCAGAGGGACAGAGCCCAGUCCCAACAGAGAGAGGAGAAAGAGACGACCAGGCAUCAGAGACAUAUUUAGGAGGACCGAGAGAGUCAGAGGGACAGAGCCCAGUCCCAACAGAGAGAGGAGAAAGAGACGACCAGAGACAUAUAGAGGUAGACAUAGAGAGACACAGCAACAGAGCCCAGUCCCGGCAGAGAGAGGAGAAAGAGACGACCAGGCAUCAGAGACAUAUAGAGGCAGACAGCGAAGGCCAGAGAGAGAGAGCCCGGUCCCAACAGAGAGAGGAGAAAGAGAUGACCAGGUCCCUCCAUCUUUAUAUGCUGAAAGUACUCAUACAUACCAGGAAAUACCAGCAUCUGUCAGGCAACUGGAAACACCUCCAGCCCUCCAAGAGGACCACUGCUUCUCGAGCUGGUUCAGAAAAACUUCCUGCUGCUGCUGCCUGCCUGAAGACAAAGACUGAAACUAUUCCUGUCUUAAUCGUACGAGAAAACCUCACAGAGAAAAUCUUUAUCCACACAAGUUUCACCUGGAAAAGCCACCCUCCCUCAGGACACUUAUUAUGGAAAUAUCCGCUCUGUGCACCGAGGAAGCCCCGCAAACAUGCCUGGGCCUCACUGCGUCUUUGUGAUCCUGUGGUCUCUCAGUUGCCAACACCUCCACUGUCUGCCGGUAAGCCCACACAGCACCACUCGCCAUACAAACCAACUAUCUACGAUGGCAGCUGUCAGGAUGGGAACCCAGAGUUCCUAGUUGUUGGAGAUUCCAUUGUUAGGCUUAUGGAAAUCCCUAAGGGCACCACUUACUGUUUCUCUGGAAAUCUGCUCACAAUGUUUGAGUGGCUGGGCUUUGAGAUAGAGAUACAGAGAGAUUGUAAGAGGGAGGAGAUGCUGUCCGCCAUGCCUUAG